AUGCCCCAUUUCGAGUGCCAUUUCGAGCAUUGGCCCGAAUACCGAGUGAUAUUUUGCAAGACAUGUCGGUUUUGUCCCGUGCCCAGUCAAAUCACCCGUCAUUUACGAGAUCAUCACGGCCAUGUCAGUGCCGCCAUUCAACGGCAAAUUGUCGAGGCCGUCCAACAGAUUCCCGAUUUGGCCCAGCAGCCCGGCCAGGUUCGAUACCCGGACCCGGAUACACCACCCAUCCCCGAGUUAGGAGUCAUCGAAAACGCGUUCCGAUGUACAGCGCCCCGAAAUAAUGCCACCGAGGGUGGGUGUGGGUAUAUGUGUUUGAACAUUAAGAGCAUGCAGCGUCAUUGUAAAGAACAACACGGUUGGAUUAACGUUCAGAAAAGAGGUCGUAUGGGUCGAGGCGGUCGCGAUACGCGACAGCCGCAGACGCCCAAUCGCAUUUGGGUGGACGGGUGUUUUGGACAACAGUUUUUUCGGGUCGACAAAUGGAAGAAGAUUUUCCCCGUGGCGGCGCCCGAGUCCGCCCGCGUGACGGUGGAUGAGAUUGUGCAACGGGCGGAACGACAAUUGGCGGCGCAACAAAAAGCCAUUGAAGAAUUUCGACAACAUGAAGUGAUGGGUCAUCAGGAAAAUCGAUAUGAAGUGAAUGGAUGGUUGGAACGAGCCGGUUGGGCAUCCCAUUUAGCCCGAUACACCCGGGAUGAGUUGGAGCAUUUUGUCGCCAUUCCACGAAGGAAGGAGGAGGUGACCGAAGAGGUGACCGAAGAGAGUGAGAAUGAGGAUGACACCCAGGUCGACCGGUCAUCAUCAUCAUCAACAAAAUCAUCAGCAUUCCCCCGCGUGGAGGUCGAAUUAUGGCGAGCAUGUCAAAGCACGAUCCGGGUCAUUCAGGCCGCGCAAAAAUCCAGUCAUCCCGACGUGGUGGGAUUGGCCGCGUUACAAUACGUCAAUCGUCGCGAGACGGGUCAAAAGAACAGCGAGAAGCCAUUUUACGGUCGCCAGAUGGGCAAGACCAUCCGCAAGUACAGCCAACAUUGGGUUCGCAUAUUGUGUUACGUGUGGCGGACCCACGACGACGUCGAACCCCCACCGCCGUACAAAUUGACCGACCGACAGCGACGAUGUUUCCAGGCAUUGCAGGAGAGUGUGCAGUCACCCGUCCCGACGACCGAUCGACGCACCCCGGCGGACCUCCAGACAUUAUAA